AUGGUAGACGAAGUGCAGUUGACCAUAGCCCUUUUACGCAGUAACUGGACUGCUCAUUGUGGCAACUCAGUGGCGUGUCUGUUGACUCGUUUUUUCAAUGCCAGUCUCGCUCCCAAGCAUCUCAGAGGGCUGCUUCCGGGCAUGACAAUCAUCACAUUCGCCUUUUCGUACUCUUUUGACAUUGCCAAUCAAGCCUUUUCCGUUGAGGAAGAUUCGAUCAACAAGCCUGAUCGCCCAAUUGUCUCAGGGAGACUCGACAUUAAAGGUGCCUAUGUUCGCUGGUUCCUAAGCUGGAUCCUGUUCCCCGCGUUGAUCUAUUUGAUGGUUGACAGCUCCGCUGCCACGAUCCUCAUCCUGUGGGAGCUUUGGGUCCUGGUGUUCUAUAUCUGGCCCAAGGUGGAUCAUUGGAUUGCGCGCAACGUUUUUACAGCCUUGGGUGCCGUUCUUCAGCUCAGUCUUCUCGAUGCGUUUCUUACAGAAGCCCUACCAGACUACCAGGUCGAUACUUCCCUCACAUGCCUCCUCUUCUCCUGGCUCGUGAUGACAAUCCACGUUCAAGAGUUCCAUGACAUGGAGGGCGAUCGCGCCACAGGUCGCCGUACUCUGCCGCUGCUGCUUGGCUCCCGAGGCCAGCUGGUGCUCCGAGCGACGACUGCCACCAUCAUAGCCGGUACGGCGGUGGCCAACCUGCUACGAGCUAGCAUGUAUCCGGGCCGAAAUAUUCACAGUAUGCCCGCCGACAUGAUUGGCCUGGCUGGAUGUCAUUUAGCCUCUAUGAUGGUCGUUGCUAUUCGUCUCAUCACCAUGCGUUGGAAAGAAGCUGAUAAAGUCACCUACAAGUAUUGCUAUACCCUCGCGACAUACAUUAUGUUGCUCUUUCACGCGAGUAUUGAGAAACUCCCGAUUGAGGAAAAUACAGGAUCGUAUAGGUCUUGA